GCUCGUCGGACUCAUCAAGACCAUUCUAGUGAGCCCUGAAUCUCUUGAAGCUGCCCGAGAUGAAGCUGACCAGUGUGGCCCUGGUGUGCCUCCUACUGGCUGCCAUGUGUCUGCAAGCCUUGGACGGCAAGAGCAUGCACGUGUCCUCCUCCAAUUGUUGUUACACAUCUACAACAAGAAGGAUCCACGAGAAGUUCAUCAAGUGCUACAAAAACACCAGCUCUUCCUGCUCCUACAAGGAUCAAGUAAUAUUCAAGUUGAAAAGAGGAAAAGAGAGUUGUGCCUCAAAGACAGAGCCAUGGGUUAGGGAUUAUUUAAACAAGACGGACCCCUGCACUUGAAAAAUGAGUGAAUUCCUUUUCAUCCUGGACCUUGGAGGCCACCUGGCUUCACCUGUACCUGAACCCGAAGCUGACACCGAUCCUUUUGCACCAAAUUUGCUGGGUCAUGGGUGGUUACUGGGUCCUAUAAGCUAUGUUGUUGCACUUUAUAUUUAAAUUCUAGAACCUUCAACUCCUGCCUCCCUAUGUUUCUUAGACCACAUAGGAAUUUUGGCAUUGAAAUUGGCAUUGAAAUUAAUUGGCAUUGAAAUUCUGAGACCAAGGUCUGGGGAAUGGUGGAGGAGGGAGACUGAUUUCAUGUCAUUCAGAACCAAUAAAAGA